AUGGCGGCUCCUGUAGCAAUCAUUACUGGCGGCUCUUCAGGCAUCGGCUUGGCCUUGGUCCAGCACCUCGUCUCUCUGGGAUGGAGAGUGGUCAUCAGCGAUAUCAAUCCGCCCACAGUUUCGAUUGAACGAACGGUAUUCUUUCCAACCGACGUUGCCUCUUGGGAUCAACAGGCAAAGAUGUUUGAAGCCGCUUACGCCUGGGGCAAACGACUUGACUUUUGUGCCCUCAAUGCAGGGAUAGACGAUAGAGAUGACAUUUUCGAUUCUCUAUCCCUGGACAUCGACAAGCCUCCACGGAAACCAAACAUAAAAACCUUUGAAGUCAAUCUUACUGGAACAUAUUACGGCAUCAAGCUCGCCGCACAUUACAUGACAAUACCUAGUGAGAGCGGCGGCAAAGCCAAACCAGGAGGCAAAAUAGUCCUCACAUCUUCCGGGGGAGGCAUUAUCCCCAUACCAGCACUGCCUCAAUACUCGGCUACUAAGCACGCUCUUAUUGGCCUUGUCCGUGCAUUGGCGGCGGCGGGGUCGGCUUCCAAAGCCAAUAUUUGCAUCAAUGCGGUGUGUCCAGCCAUCGUUGACACGCGUGGUCUACCUGCUGGAUUAGUGGAGAAAAUACCUUCAGCGCAGAUCACGCCUAUGAGUACGAUCAUGCGGUGCUUCGAUGCUGUAGCUAAUUUGGCUGACUUCAAUGAUAAGAACUGGGUGGAGCAGGGAAGGACCGGUGAGACGGUGGAAGGAAAUGUGCAGGAACUGAUAUGGCACCAUGUACCUCAACGACCAAAAGUAGAAGGGGAUCAGUUGGAUAGGCAAAAGGGAUUUCUGGUUGUAGCAGAGGCGUUUGCUCAAAGGAAACGCCAGAUUAUAGCUGCGGCAAGGAAUGAAGAUUAA